AUGGAGGGCCUUAGAUCCUCCCGUGCAGUGACCCGUGCCCCUGUUGCAGAGCCCAGGCUGUAUGUUUGUAAAGAAGGCUUUAUAAAAGAAAAUGAUGCAGAAAUUCCAUCUGAUACUGGCGACUUCCUUUGUUUAGUAGAGGUGCUGGGAGGCAGCUUCAUAGGCACAAUUGUUUUGAAAGGCUUGUGGACCUGCUUGUUGGUACUGUGGUAUGUCUGCAACACAGAACAGUUGUCUGAAUCCCUUCAGCCUAUUUUUGUCCAGAGUUACCUUGACCAAGGAACACAGAUCUUCUUAAACAACAGCAUUGAGAAAUCAGGCUGGCUGUUUAUCCAGCUCUAUCACUCUUUUGUGUCCUCAAUUUUUAGCCUCUUUAUGUCUAGAACAUCUAUCAAUGGGCUGCUGGGAAGGGGCUCAAUGUUUGUGUUUUCCCCAGAACAAUUUCAAAGACUGCUUAAAAUAAAUCCAGAAUGGAAAUCCCACAGACUUCUCGAUUUAGGGGCUGGGGAUGGAGAAGUCACUAAAGUCAUGAGUCCUCACUUUGAAGAAAUCUAUGCCACUGAAUUGUCUGAAACUAUGAUAUGGCAGCUUCAGAAGAAAAAAUACAGGGUGCUUGGUAUAAAUGAAUGGCAAAACACAGGAUUUCAGUAUGAUGUUAUCAGCUGUUUAAAUUUGCUGGAUCGCUGUGAUCAACCACUGACUGUGUUAAAAGAUAUUAGAAGUGUACUGGAGCCAACUAGAGGCAGAGUCAUUCUAGCAUUAGUUCUGCCAUUUCAUCCAUAUGUGGAAAAUGUAGGUGGCAAGUGGGAAAAGCCCUCAGAAGUUUUGGAAAUCAAAGGGCACACUUGGGAAGAACAGGUGAAUAGCCUGCCAGAAGUUUUCAGUAAAGCUGGUUUUGCCAUAGAGGCUUUCACCAGACUACCAUACCUAUGUGAAGGUGAUAUGUAUAAUGACUACUAUGUGCUAGAUGAUGCUGUCUUCGUCCUCAAGCCAGUGUAAGCGUGUAUGAAGUAAAUCUCCAGAAUCUAACCCAAGAAGCAGUCUCUGAAAGAGGGAUUUGAUUUGUGGUAGGGAGGGAAUUUGGGGAUUGCCAUGCUAAAUAAUACCAUGUAAGAAAUGUAAAGGCCAAAAUACUAAUGUAUUUCUUUGUAGUGGGAUUAGAGGAAAAAGGUUGUUUUUUAAACAGACUCUUCAGUUGAGAAUUUCUUUUUUACCAGCUUUUAAACCAACAAUGCAUUCUGCAAUCCAGCAGUAACAGGAGAUAUUUUUUUAUGCUUACCUGCAACAGGGAUCAGAUCCAAACAAAAGCAAUAGUCCUAAUAAUGAUGAAACUGAUACAAUGUGAACUGUUGUUAAAGAAACCAAGUGAAAUCUGGCAAUAAAGUUAUCCAUGCCGUUCAAGCCUUGUUGAAUAUAAACUGUUGAAAUGGAUAUUCUUCCAUGCUGCGUUACUUUCUCUCUUGCUGUCAUUCUUCAAGUUUUUAAUCAUGCUAAUAAACUUUUUUUGAGAUGAC